AGAGGCCCUCUUCAGAGCCCACGUGUUCGGAGAGCAUGGCGGCGAUGGAGAGCCAGGACGUCGGUGAGCCUACGUCGCCGGCAGAGGCGAGGAAGGGUGGCGCCCUACCUGCCGACCGUCAGGGCUUGCUGAAGCACAGUCGUGAGUUUUUGGACUUCUUCUGGGACAUUGCGAAGCCGCAGCAGGAGACGCGGCUUGAGGCCACGGAGAAGCUGCUGGAGUAUCUACGCACAAGGCCGGAGGGUUCGGAGAUGAAGUACGCCCUGAAGCGUCUGAUCACUGGGCUCGGGGUCGGGCGAGAAACCGCCCGGCCUUGCUACAGUCUGGCCCUGGCCCAGCUGUUACAGUCUUUCGAAGACAUCCCCUUGUGCAGCAUCCUGCAGCAGAUACAGGAGAGACAUGACCUGCAGAAGGUUAAGAAGGCAAUGAUGAGACCUGCUCUCUUUGCAAACCUGUUUGGGGUACUAGCCCUCUUUCAGUCCGGCCGGCUGAUGAAGGACCCAGAGGCACUGAUGAAGUCAGUGAAACUGCUGCAAGGUCUGGCCCAGCACCACAACCAUUUACAGGAGCAGCCCCAGAAGGCUUUGGUGGACAUCCUCUCAGAGGUCCCAGAGGCCAUGCUGCAGGAGAUCCUGCCAAAGGUCCUCAAGCCCGACAUGAAUUCGGUUCUCAGCUCCCCUGAGCACCUGGAGCUCUUCCUCUUGGCCCAGCAGAAGGUACCUGAGAAGCUCAAGAAGCUGAUGGGAUCAGUCAACCUAUUCUCAACUGAAAACAUGCCCAGACUGGUGACUGUUCUGAAAACGGCUGCCAUUGCUGUGAAGAAGGAACGCAGGCUGCCCACCGUGGCGCUGGACCUGCUGCGCCUAGCACAGAAGGAGGACAAGUUCCUACAGUUCUGGAAGGAGGUUGUGGAACAAGGCCUGCUGCAGAAGCACUCCUGGCCUGCCAGCUACCUAUGUUUCCGCCUGCUUGGUGCGGCCCUUCCCCUGCUGUCCCACGAGCAGCUGCAGCUCGUGAUGCAGGGAGACCUGAUCCGACAUUACGGAGAGCACAUGGUCACUUCCAAGCUCCCAAACCAGUUCAAGUUUGCUCCAGAGAUGAAUGAGUAUGUGGGUGCCUUCCUGGAAGGCUGCCGGGACGACCCCGAGCGGCAGUUGGCCAUGGUGGUGGCCUUCACGUCCAUCACCAACCAGGGCCUCCCCGUCAUGCCUACCUUCUGGCGGGUUGUGCGGUUCCUGAGUUCCCCAGCCCUCAAGGGCUAUGUGGCCUGGCUGCGGGACAUGUUCCUCCAGCCCGACCUGGACUCUUUGGUGGACUUCAGUACCACCAACCAGAAGAAAGCCCAGGAAGCCUCGCUCCAUGGGCCUGAGCGAGCCAUGUUCCGGCUACGGAAGUGGAUCAUCCUUCGCCUGGUCAGCAUUGUGGACAACUUGCACGUGGAGAAGGAGGAGGCCUUGGUUGAAGAAGUGGCCAGGUUUUGUUUUUUCCAUGCAUUCUUUGAAACAAAGACACCCACGGCCAAGAUCCUGGAGACGGAGCAGCGGUUCUCAUUCCCCCUGGACAGCCGGGCCCGGCAGGUGGUCAGCAGUGCCUUCUUCAGCCUGUUGCAGACCCUCAGCACACAGUUCAGGCAGGCACCAGAGCAGACCCAGGACAAGCAGUCCUGGACCUACCGCCUGAUACAGUUUGCAGACAUGCUGUUGAACCAUGGUCGCAAUGUGACUGCCCUGGCGCCCUUCACCACGCAGCAGCGCCAGACCUGGGACCGGAUGCUGCAGACUCUGAAGGAACUAGAGGCCCUUUCCUCAGAGGCCAAGGCCAAGGCCAAGGCCACUGCCUUUCAGCACUUGCUGCUCCUGGUGGCCAUCCACCUCUUCAAGUCCCCUGCAGAGAGCUGUGACAUCCUGGGUGACAUCCAGACCUGUAUCAAGAAGAGCCUAGGGGAGAGAACCCGCCGGACCCGCUCCAAGGCCACCAACCCCCAGGAGCCGCCAUGGGUGGAAGUGCUGGUGGAGAUCCUACUGGCCCUCCUGGCCCAGCCCAGCCACCUGAUUCGCCAGGUGGCCAGGAGCGUGUUCAGCCACGUCUGCUCCCACCUGACUCCACAUGCCCUGCAACUAAUCCUGAACGUGCUGAGCCCCGACAAGAGCGAGGAUGAGGAUGACAAUGUGGUGGUUAUGGACGAUUGUGAGAGGCAACUGGAAAAUGAGGAGGACAAGAGCGAGGACAACAAAAACUCCGAGAGCGAGGAGGGCAGCGAUGAGGAGGAGAGCGAUGAGGAGGCUCGUGAUGGGUACGUGGACCAGGGCUUCCGGGAGCAGCUGAUGGCGGUGCUACAGUCAGGAAAGGCACUGGGGGGAGUGGACAGUGAGGAUGACAACGAAGAGGAGCUGGGUGACGAGGCCAUGAUGGCCCUGGACCAGAACCUCUCCAGCCUCUUUGCCGAGCAGAAGCUGCGCAUCCAGGCCCGGAGAGACGAGAAAAACAAGCUGCAAAAGGAGAAGAUGCUCCGGCGGGACUUCCAGAUCCGGGUCCUGGACCUGAUCGAGGUGCUGGUGACCAAGCAGCCUGAGAACCCCCUGGUCCUGGACCUGCUCGAGCCACUGCUGAACAUCAUCCGGCGCAGCAUGCGCAACAGUAGCAGCAAGCAGGAGCAGGACCUGCUGCACAAGACAGCCCGCAUCUUCACACACCACCUGUGCCGCUCUCGGCAUUAUUGCCAUGAUGUCAGCAACCACGUGGAGACUCUGUACCCCCAGGUGGAGCGGCUGGUGCAGCAGGCUGGCCACCAGGCUGACUCCUCCAUCUCCUUCUACUACUUCAACGCCUCUCUCUACCUGCUCCGUGUCCUCAAGGGCAGCACCGCUGACAGGCCUGUCCCCAAGACCCAGAAGAAGGAGAAAGCCAGCACUGACCCCAGCACCAAGUCCAAGGGCUCCAGGGCUGCCAGCUGCUUGGAUUUGAGUCUUGUGACCCCGAUCUACUCAUCAGCGCUGACCUCCUUCCUGACCAGGCGCAACAGCCCACUCGCCGUUCCCAUGUUUCUCAGCCUCUUCUCCCGGCACCCAGCGCUCUGUAAGAGCCUGCUCCCCAUCGUGGUCCAGCACGUGACAGGCCAGACACGGCCCCGCCAUCAGGUCCAGGCCUGCAUCCUACUCCAGAAGGCCCUGAUGACACGUGAGCUGAGACUGUGCUUUGAGGACCCCGAGUGGGAGCAGCUGAUUGGCCAGGUCCUGGCAAAGGUCACUGAGAACCUGCAUGCCCUGGGCAAGGCACAGACCAAGUCGGAGCAACAGAAGGAGCUGUCCUCCUUGGAGCUGCUCAACGCUCUCUUCAGGAUCAUUAAUCAUGAGCCUUCCCACCCCCUGCAGAGGCUGACCGUGGACCUGACCGCCAUCCUGGGCGUGCUGCAGAGCCAACAGUCAAACCUGCAGCACAGGCAGCCGCAGGGGGAGCCCUUCGCUGGGUUCAGCCGCCUCUACGACCUCUACUGGCAAGCCAUGAGGGUCCUUGGUGUCCAGCGCCCCAAGUCAGAGAAGAAGGAUGCCAAGGACAUCCCCAGUGCCACACCAAGCCCCAUGAGCAUAAAGCGGAAGAAAAAGGGAUUCUUGCCUGAGACCAAGAAGCGCAAGAAACGCAAGUUAGAGGGUUCUGCUGAGGAGGAGGCUGCUAAGCCUGCAGUGCCCAACGGGAACCAGGCCCCCAGUGGUGCCCAGCCCCCCAGCACAGGCAAGAAGAAGAGGAAAAGGGUCAGAAGCAAGGUCCCCGCCCAGUCCCCGGUGAACGGGACGCCUGCCACCAAGAGUCUGACCUCAGAGCCCCCCACCACUACAAGCCCCAGCGCCCCUGCCAAGACCCCAAAGCUGAAGAAGAAAAAUCGGAAGCUGCCCCAGGAGAACGGGGCUACUCCUGUGUCCCCUGUGGAGGCUGCUGGCAGAAAGCAGCAUCUGAAGGAGCCCUCCAAAAAGGGAGUCUCGGGCAAGUCGCUGCCACGCAAAAAGGCAAGAUUGUCUUUGGCCGCCAGGAGCCCCAGCCUCCUGCGGAGUGGGGCCAGCAGGAGGAGAGCACAGCUGAGGAAGGGGAGAAAGCCCUGAGGCAGGCCCUGCCCGCCCCCCGGCCCCACAGACAGCCUAUUGUUUUCACCAUGAUUUUAAUAAACAAGCCACUCUCUGA